AUGGGCACCAGCGGCUCCAAAGCUCGGGGGCUGUGGCCCUUCGCCUCGGCGGCGGGGGGCGGCGGCCCGGAGGCGGCGGCCGCGGAGCAGGCUUUGGCGCGGCCGCGAGGCCGAAUGGUGCCCCCCUUCGUGUUCACGCGCCGAGGCUCCAUGUUCUACGAUGAGGAUGGAGACCUCGCUCACGAGUUCUACGAGGAGACGAUCGUCACCAAGAACGGGCAGAAGCGGGCCAAGCUGAGGCGGGUGCACAAGAACCUGAUUCCUCAGGGCACCGUGAAGCUGGACACGCCCCGAAUCCACGUGGAUUUCCCUGUGAUCCUCUAUGAGGUGUGA